GGCGGAGGCGGAGGCCCGUCCCGCCGCUCCCGCAGCCGCCGCCAUGCCGGUCCCGCUCCCACUGCCCCUGCCGCGGCCCGGCCGCCCCCGCCUCGGGCACGCCCCGCUGCCGGCGCUGCUGCUCCUGCUGCUGCUGCUGCUGGUGGGCCCGGCGCGGCCCAUCUCCUUCCAGCUGCCGGGCAAGGCGCGGAAGUGCCUUCGGGAGGAGAUCCACCGCGACACGCUGGUCACGGGCGAGUACGAGAUCGGCGCCCCGCCGGGCUCCUCCACCGGACCCUCCGCCAACCUCAAGAUAACUGACUCGGCUGGGCACAUCCUGUAUGCCAAGGAGGAUGCAACUAAGGGCAAGUUUGCCUUCACCACUGAAGAUUACGAUAUGUUUGAGGCCUGCUUUGAGAGCAAGCUUCCUGUGGGAACUGGGAGGAUGCCGGACCAGCUCGUGAUUCUGGAUAUGAAGCAUGGAGUUGAAGCAAAGAACUACGAGGAGAUUGCAAAAGUGGAGAAGUUGAAGCCUCUGGAAGUAGAAUUGAGGCGCCUGGAAGAUCUUUCAGAGUCCAUCGUUAAUGACUUUGCCUAUAUGAAGAAACGAGAAGAGGAGAUGAGGGACACAAAUGAGUCAACAAACACCCGGGUUCUGUACUUCAGCAUCUUCUCCAUGUGCUGUCUCAUUGGACUGGCCACCUGGCAGGUUUUCUACCUGCGUCGCUUCUUCAAGGCCAAGAAACUGAUAGAGUAAAGGAGCAAGUCCUCCUCCUCCCCCUCCUCUCAGACCCAGCUGGACAUCGCUGGGACCCAGCCGUGGCUCCCUGGAACCAUCCCACAGAUGUCACCCACUGACGGAAGCUUUUCUGCAGGAACUUGGACCCUAAAGGAGGAGGGGAGCCUAAACAUUGGAGGCAAAUGGGGGACUUGUGAGAACCUCUUGGAUGUUGAGGGUGGGGGAGGUUGUGAUGGGUUUGGGGUUCCUGGGGCAGCGAUUAAAUAAAAAAAGAUGUUUCCAUGACAGCUGCAGCAAGUUUUUGCGCUGUCUGUUCUCCUUUUAUAAUCUUGGCUUGAUGAUGUCUCCCAUCUAUCUGUGACUGUAGUGUUACUCUGAGCCACUUGACCCUGCUGAGCUCUGUAAGUGACAGGCAGCCAGCACCGGGGCCAAGCGGGGGAUUCGCUGUUCCGACCAGCUGGGAGCUAAGCCAGCAGGAGCAAACGGAGGCAAGUGCAAAGCAAUAGGAUUCAUCAUUCCAGCAGGGCCUGAGGAUCAAGGGAGGUCCAAGGUUUGGUCCCUGUCGUGGACCUCUGUGUUUCUCCCUGUGGGGGCUGGUGUCUUUGUGCUGAUAGGUGAGGGCACUUGAGAUAUUGUGGUUCAGCCUGGAGAAGGGGGAGCCUUGGAAGGAGGGCUUCCAUGGGAGCUUGGAAAGGAGAAGCCUGCUUUGCUCACAUUGGCUGUCCGGCCUUCGUCCCACCCUUGCUCCACGUGCUUGUCUUGGAUUUACCUCUCUUGUUCUGAAAUGAUGCAGCAGUUUUCCUGAAAGCCUUGGUCAGAGACAGCCGUUUGUUCAGAUAAGAGGCUUCAGUCAGAUACAGUCACAGAGCAAAUAGGAGCAGGUUAUACUUGGAACCUCAGAUUGAGCAGGAGACUUAUCUCAUUUGACAGUGUAGUGUUUAUCCAGCAGGCAGCUGGUUGAAUCUCAUUUUCUGAGACCUCAAAGCAGGGUGGGCUGCUGCUCAUGUGAAGCAUGAGGGCCUGUGCCCUGCAUUGAGGUCUGAGGAUGCAAGAGGUGCUUUGUAGAUUGGUAGAAGAAUUGUUGGAAGAAUGUGGAUGAACUCAGCAAAUCAGUACAGUGUAGGAACUGGCUAAUUUUAUGUCUAGGGGGAGUCUGAACUGUGCUCUCAAUAGAACUGAGGUAUACUUAUGUGGUAUUACAGCGAGAGUGAGCAGCUUCUCCUGGUUUCUCAGUCAGCCAGGUGGCAUAAGCUAGGCUGGGAAAAAAAUAGGCAGGUUAACUCCAUGGACUUAAUUGCUGCAGUUUUUAGGCAAUUAUUAAAAUUCUUCCAUCUUCUCUGCAUUCCUUCAGAACAAAUGGUUCAGCAGCACAGCAUUCUGGUGUCCUGUGCCCAGACACUUCUAGCUGGGAAAGGGGUUGACACAGCCCUGGGCCUGGGCUACCAUCUUAAAAAAAACCCAAAAAAACCAAAGCAUGGUUUUGUAACUUCUGACCUGAAUUUGAUCUAUGGCUGGGACAGAGAAAGUUGUUCAGGGUGAGGCAAUGGGAAAGAGGAUGAAAAGGUGACCUAUUGUCAUCUAAAUACAUCAGUGCUUUGCCUUCCCUUUGCCAUUGCCAAGUUCCUGGACUUGUUAGUUCCACUGGCAAGUGCAUAGAUUGCUUUGAAUUUGUUUCAUUUUUUGAUAAAGCCAUAUUAAGAACCCAAAUCUCUCCUCUGCCCUUGCAUCUAUUUUAUCCUUGUACGUUUUUGAAAGCUGCUACAGUGCAGAACAGCAGUGAUGCCACAGGACUGACUUACAGAAAUCAUUUGAAGGCAGUUUUAGAUCAUACAGUUUGAAGCCUGUAGAUCUGUUAAGGUUUUGCUUUUGUUUUUAUAUGACUUGAAAAGACAGUACAAGAAAGGGGUUUUUCCAGUUUUGUCUGUUUUUAUGUCUUCUCCCCAUCCUUACCUGAGUACAAAGACAUCUUUAUCUUAGAAAUGGUGGUGAGGCCUUCAGUUCCCCAGGUGACUGUUAUGCUGUCAUCGUUCUGGUGGUGUGUUUUGCUCUUCGCUGUAUUGGUACAAUUACUGGGGAGCAGGUGUGGGGAACUGCUAUGGAUUUACCUGUAAUGACUGGCUGGGGGGGGGUGUUUGUCAACUUUCUAAAAUAAAUUUUCUUUGAGGAAAAAACCCA